AUGAAAGAUGAGGGGUAUUUUUGGCCACUUCCCCUUAUUUAGAUAGCAAAUGUUAGAAAAUGGCUAUUAUCAAUUUUUAUCCCUUGUUAAUGAGCAAUAAAGAAUGCACCCCAAAUUCCAAUUCGAAAGCCAAUUUCUUGCUGGACAGUUGACACCACUCAGGCCGACCUUUCUCCGACACCUCUUCAGACACUUGUUCGGAGACUUUUGCCAGUUCAAGUUAACAAUCGUAGAUCACUAAGAUGGUCAGUAUUUCGAGCUGGCAUUCGGAUCUAGUUACAGGUGUCCUUUGUCCCAAAGUUGGAGUAGUCUAUCCAAGAUUACCGUCGCAUAUUCUGAGUUACAAGAGGAGCACACUCAAAAGUCAUGAUAGCGUUCAGCCCAUGUCUAUAAAGGUGCCUGGUAGGAGCAAUACACAUUUAUCUCUUGCUGGUCAUGCUGUCAAAUGUGCUUCAAACUAUCAAUCUAGUGUCAAUGAUGGCGAAGAACCAUUUUUGAUAAAUGCUACAAAGCAAGCUAUCUGGGCUGCAAAAUCUAUACUACGAUUCUUGGUUGAGCAGCCAAGUCAGCUGAAGUACAUAGAAUGGCCUGGAUUUCAAAGCACGCUGAAGACUGCAACACUUGCACUUGUUCUAGUUGGGCUGUUUAUCAUUGCGUUAUCCUCGGUUGAUUCUGCACUGUCUUACAUGUUGGCUCUAUUUUUGCGGAGAACAUCAUGAUUCAAGAAAUAAGACUGAUUUUCUGGCUUUCACACGAAGCCAACUCAUGCUAAUGGUGUGCUCCACAUAUUUUUCAUUUCUGACAGAAGGCUAUGCUCGACAAUACAAGAUUGCCCAAACUCGAGCAGGAUGAGACCUGCAGCUUCUUGAACAUCUGCUGAAUAUAUCACCACAGAGAAGAUCAUUACGAGAUCAUAGCGUUAUAUUAAUUCUAGAACUACUGCUAUGGUGGUAUGACAAGAGUGUAUAUCUCUGUCUUUGCAUAUAUAGUGGAUGAUAAUAGACAUGUUUAUGGUUCUCUUGAGUAGUUCUUUGCAUCAUGUUUACUCAAAGUGCUGCUCCUACUUAGCAGCUGCUGAUGACUUGAUUUACAAACUGUGUCCAUCUAUUAGUGCAGCAUUUCAUACACCAGGAGAAUUUGUUCUCCUUUGAUAAGGAGUACACGCACAAUGUGCAUACGUUAAGACUUAUUUAUAAGUCGAAAAAGAGUAUUGAGGCACUCCAGGGUAUUUUUAUCAAUUCAUUAUUUUAUUUA